AUGGAUCACGACGUCACCCGUACCUUGCCGUACAAAAAGGCCUGUCUUACCAACUGGCUGCGGCGCACAGGCUGGGAAACCACAUUUAGAAAAGCGCGUUGUGAUGUUCUAGUUCGCCUCACAGCGCUACCUCACUGCACGGAUAACCGACCCUUGCCUCUUGGUGUCGUUGAAGGAGAAGCCAUCAUCAGUCCGGCACGUGAUGAACGAAGGCUAUUAUUUAUGAUAGCCGCGCUUGAUCGUCUCCUGGAUCAAUGCGGUGAGACAGUCCGGGCAACGGAUGUAUGUUUGAGAAGGUGGCUCCGCGGCAGGUAUCCAGACCGCCCUUACAAAAUGCCCUUCGAAUCGGUUGCAAGGCCGCCUUCCGAGAAGGUUUAUCGGAAAGAACUGAAGCGCUUUGUCUGUUUCUGGCUCCGAUUAUUUCGAUUAUUGCCGACGACUUUUCAGAAGGUAACAGGGCAUAGGCUGAAAAAGCAUCAAUUUAGAAUCCUACGGGAGCUUUGGGUGGAUGAAAUAUGGAAGUCUGUGGAGCAUGUUGAUCUAGAUCCUGCUGUUGAUGAGGAUGAAGGACACGAUGGGGACGAAGAGGAGUAUGAGGAUGAGAGCGAGGGCGAGAUCCAGGACGAUGACGAAGGUGAAUGUGAUGAAAGAUACGACGACAUCCAGGAUGAAAGACAGACAGGGGUGGUUGCGGAUACAGAUGAUCUAUCUGAUGCCGAGUCAACUUCCACUUGGUCUUCGAACAGUCAAGAGGAUCACCCACAAGACCCUGCGCUCGAUAUUCUACUGCGCUUUUGUUACUCUGCACAUGCUCUUAUCCUUGUAACAUGACGAGAUAUAGCCCACUGAAGUAUCCGCUUGACCGAGACAACAUGGUCGGGUUUUGGGUGGCUUUUGCAAAUCUUGAGUAAAACCAUCAAUAAAGCUUCAUUUGUGAUAAGACUAAAUAUCUAAGUAUCUUAUAUAAUAGAGAAUGUAAUGCUAAAAGG